CCAGCAGGUAGAGUUCACGCUUCGAACCAACCAUUUCUCCAACUGUCAAGGAAAUAAAGCGGGAUAAAAUGGCGCACAAUUUACAUCUUCCACCUUAACUGUCUCCCACAUGGUGGGGGGAUGAGUGAUCUACCGAUAUGGCUGCCUUUGCUCUUUUCAUUGUGUGUUUAGUUCAAGCCGCGAGCUUUUCUGCGCGAUCACAGUUCUUUGAUCCUGUUCUAUUUGCGCAGAAUGGUAAUGGCGAAUUGCCGGAGCCUGUUCAAUCCUCGUUGGAUGAGCCACACAUGACAGGCUCGUAUAACGAUGCUAUAGAAUCUCCAGACACACAGUCCAGGAUUCACGCUCCUGUCUCUAACGCCGCAAGCAUGGCAAAAGAAGACUCCACAACCUUUAACAGAGAUAUCAAGCGAAGGCCUGGGCUUGUGUUGGAGCGAUGGGAUGGCCUUGAUGGCUACGAUAUCAAGAACUUGGUUCAGAGCUCGCGUUUCCCUACUCUGCCAAACUAUCUUGGCUACACGGAUGCCUACACCGAGCCUCCGGACUGGGGCGACUCUUAUGGCUCAAGGAUAAGGGGCUACUUCGUACCACCAUUGACGGGAGAUUAUAUUUUUCAGUUGGCAAGUGACGCCCAGGGUCAGCUUUAUAUCAGCACCGACGAAAACCCCAAGAGGAAGGUCAUGAUAGCAGAAGUGUCCAUGGAUCACACAACAGAACCACACGAAUACAACAAAUACCGUGAGCAGACGUCGCAAGCCGUGUAUCUCGAUAAAGGAAAGUACUACUACACCGAGGUGCUUCACAAGGAUCAGUUUCUUGCUGAUCACGUGAACGUGAAGGUGAAGAUGCCCGAUGGGAAGGAGUACGACCCGAUCCCUAAACAGUUCCUCUGGACCUUACCACCGCCUAAAAAGAAGCCGCCCGCCCCGGACCCCCUGAUGUUAGUGAAGGUCGCCGCUAAGGCAGGUGCGCAUGCGGGUGCCACUUUGGGCCAGAAGGAAGCCGCUGAAAAGGGUGCGCUCGCGGGCGCAAAUGCAGGAGAGAAAGCAGGGAUGAAAGCCGGGGCAGCCGCAGGAGCAAUAGCUGCAAGAAAAGCCGCAACUAGAAUCGCUAUAAAGACCAUACAAGAAGCACUACGGAACAUCACCUUGAAUCGCCACGUAUUCAAUAUCUACACCGGAAAUAGCUCCAUGGCAACCGCAACCUCGACAUCAAACGCAGCAGGGAAUGCUACCGCUGGCGCGUCUGGCACGGCGGGGGGAGGUGCUACAGCAGGCGGGAAUGGGACGGCCGGCGGAGGGGUAACGGGAACCCCAAACGUACUAAAACCUAAAGUAUUUGUUACAAAUAAACAGAAAGGGGGAGGGCAAACACCAGCAAAGGAGUAUAAGCCUGUGUACGAGACAAAGAAAGGAGAGAACGCGCAGAAUCUCGCAAAAAAAUAUGUCAACAGAAAUGGCGCCGCAACUAAAGUCGUUGUGGGUGCAAUGUACAUUAUCCACUCUCUUAACAUCCCUGCUACUCAAGAGUUCAAGAAGAACUUGUGUUGGCGCAGUACGUAUGGUAACAUGGUCCUGGGAAGGCGCUGCCAGGUGUGGAUCGCUCGCAAGGGCUUUGUUGUGAGGGGAGACGGACAACAGACUGUUUCAUGGGAAUCUGCAUGUCUUCCUGGCUACUACAUUGUACAGAAGAAUUAUCACUACACUCUGGCGAAGAUUGGAAGUACUAAGAAGUUCUAUAUUGAUUCAACGUUUACGGCAUUCCGAACUCUAAAGUUUCCAGAAGCCUUCAUGUUUUCCUUACUGCGUAAGGGCUGGUUUGUGUGCGAGAGCCGCGAGACCAGCUUUCACGUGACCGACCUAGUGGCCCGGUAUAAUGAGCCAACAAUCGCAUGGCUUCAGCGGUGUUCCUUUGUAAUUCGUCCUAUCGAAGGAAGAGAGAGUGCUACAAUGAACUGCUUUGAGGUCUUGAAAGUUUUCCAGUCCACCACGGCCGUGCCUAUUACAAAUGCGACAGUUGCAAUGACAACCCCAACUACUCCGGCCCCAGAAAAGCCAGCGAUUGCCAAAGUGGAGUACAUGGUCUGUUUAAGGAUAGAAUUCAUCAACGACGCCGGGUUACCAUUCAGACUCCUCUCAAACCUCAAACCACAAGGGUACUACGUCUAUGGGAAGGUUUUUGAGCUGAAAUACGUACUGCCUAAAGCCACUGAUACUGCACCCGAGGGGACGGCAACACAGGGAACUGUGGAUAAUGUAGAUGUGGUAAAAGAAGCAUUUGAAAAGAAGACAAAUAUUGGUAGAGAUGCAAGAGUUCACGGGAACGACAGAACGAUACGAAGUGUUACCCACAGUAGCCACCGACACAAACCUGCAGGAAUGAAGAUUUAUUCGUCCAAUGCAGACAAAAGACACAAGGAAAGGACAAAAGAUGUUUCCAGGAAGAGCAAUGUGCCCCAAAGAACAUCAUCAGAUGGCCCAGUCGGAAAAGUUCUCGGUCAAAUAGGACAUUCAACUUAUACAGCACAAGAAGAAAUGCAUGAACAAAAACCUUCAAGAAAAACAAAUGUGGAACAAGUUUUGAAGGCGAUUGCCCAGCCGACUUCAACCACAUCGCAGAAGAAGGUUGUGACUGAGACCUUUCCACAGCCCAGGGAUAUGAUCGGGAGUACAAUGACCAAGAUUAUAUUUAGCGCCAUCGACCCGUCAAACGUGUAUAACCUAUUAUUGAAUGGCAGGAAAGCUGUUUCGGUAGUCAUCGCUGAGAGAUGUAUUUUUGCCGUGCAAGUCGUAGUGCAUGUGACCAAGAACCCGAAAACGACAACUGCACCGCCGACAACACCGACAACACCCAAACCAACUACGCCAGCACCCCCGCCGCCACUUCCUCUAGCACCCGAGCCACCACCGCCACUUCCACCUCCGCCUCCACCCAUACAGACCACUCGACCAACUGUACCUACCACCCCUACGACACAGGCCUCCACUACACGCCCUACCCCACCCCCUCCUACCUCGGCCUUGCCUCCACCUAUACCUGCCACGCAAGUCCCGCCACCACCACUGCCUCCUCUACCGCCGCCACCUCCGCCUGUCCAGACUACGACGGCUCCGACUCUCCCUCCAGCAAUUAUCAUCAUACCAGCUGGCUGUAUGCCAACACACGAGGGUACUUCAAAUGGCGCGUGUUGCUUUUUCCCAUUCACGUACAAGGGAGUUGAACAGAACCGGUGCAUCCGCGCCGACAGAAACUUCAGAUGGUGCGCUACCACCAAAAACUAUGACAACGACAAAGAGUGGGGCUUCUGUCCACAUUGUAACGUGGCGCAUGGAGGUACUGCUGGCGGCGACUGCUGCCACUUUCCAUUCAUUUACAAAAGCAAAGUCUACCAGAAGUGCAUCAGAGACAGCAACGGAAAACCUUGGUGCGCGACGACAUACAACUUCGAUCUAGACCAGAAGUGGGGAUAUUGCGGAGGCCAUGCUCCAGGGUCUAUACCAGGACUUGUCCUCCCUCCCCUCCCUGCCUGCACCGACUCCUGCAAGGGCAGCUGUGUGGAUUCCUGUCCAGACUAUUGCUGCACAUGGAAGGGUAACCAAGUCCAGAUGGCCCAUCCACCGCACCCUGUUCCCACUUGCCCUCCAUCAUGUAACCUGAUCUGCCGGCCGGACUGUAUGAUUAAGUGUUGUUCAGGAUCCAAACUCGUUCAAAUCGACGUAAGCCCUCGUAAGAGAACCCAAAAGUCGUGCCCUCAGCCAUGCCGCAGGUCUUGCAAUCCUGAGUGUCCAGUUGAAUGCUGUUCGGAGAAAGAGAUCGAGAAGUUUGGAUUGAGAUUUUCUAAUCCCUCGCCUAGGAUGAUAGAUUGUUCUCCGGUGUGUAUACAAUCAUGUACCCCAGAUUGUCCUCCGAAAUGUUGCACAGGUACGCAAGCACCAAGCGAUGCUACAAGAGAAAAUACACAUACAAGCGCAUGCCCUGCUUUCUGUGUGUUAACCUGUAAUUCGACAUGCCCUUUAACAUGCUGCCAGGAAAAGGCUCAAGCUCCGUCUAAAGUUGAUGAGGAUAUUCACGUUGCAAGAUGCCCUGUAAUUUGCGCAAAAGUCUGUGAACCAGACUGUCCCGUUAAAUGCUGUUCCGCUCUCGCUAAACAAGUAUCAAUACUUGUUCACAAUAGUAGGAAGCUUAUAUGUCCAAGCCAUUGCGAAAAAUCAUGCGAGCCCGACUGUCCCAUACGGUGCUGUCCAAACAGCCCGAGGCAUGUGUCAAUCAUUGUGAAUUCAGAACCGAAGCCUGAAUCUUGCCCUUCUUACUGCAGCAAGGACUGUAGGCCACCAUGUCCACUAAAAUGCUGCGAGGAGCCAGGGGCUCCAAAACCUGUUACAAUACUAAUUGACUCUGAUUCUAAAAACACGUGCCCGAAGAUUUGUGCCCAAGAAUGUAAACCAUACUGCCCCGUGAAAUGCUGUGAAAGUUCUACAGCCCCAAGCACUAAAGAAUAUUCUACUGAUGAAUGUCCGGAAAUUUGUUCUCACAACUGUUUGCCAUUUUGUCCUGUAAAGUGCUGCGCAGUUGUUGUCCCGUCCAAUCAGGCAGAAGCUACGCACUCAUCUUGUCCGUCGGUGUGUUCCACUACGUGUCUUCCAUUCUGUCCAUCAAAAUGCUGCACAUCCUCCACCGUCACUCCUGUUCAACCAACAACUUCGUCUUGUCCUGCCAUAUGCAUUCAAGUAUGUAAGCCCGACUGUCCAAUAAGGUGCUGUCCCGAAUUGACGUCUCCUUCGGUAAAAACAGGCACAGUCACUCCAUGUCCUGCCACAUGCGCUGUGUCAUGCAAACCCUUUUGCCCAAUAAGAUGCUGCCCUGAGAGAAUAACAAACAGCGUUCAACCUGCAACACCAACGGGUGCUAUGAUAUGCCCGGCCGCAUGUGCACAGUCUUGUCAACCAGAAUGCCCAAUACGGUGCUGCCAGUCUUCACAAUCUUGUCCAACCUACUGUGCGACAAGCUGCCUUUCUUUAUGUCCAAUGAAAUGUUGCAAAACCACUACACCAAGUACUGCUGCCGUUACUUCGACAACAAAUGGAAUCUGUCCUUUAGGUUGCCUAGCAGUUUGCACUCCUAACUGUCCUGUCAAGUGCUGCUCAUUCUCGACAACUCCAAUACCACUUACAACGGCAAUGACUUGUCCUCCGGGGUGUUCCGUCUAUUGUAUGCCAAACUGCCCAUUGCGAUGCUGCUCUUCAUUUAUGGAGUCAACUCACUCUACUACUGUUAUGGCACCAACAAAGCGACCCUGUCCAGCAGUCUGUGCAUCUUCCUGCGUGCCAAUGUGUCCAAUAGAGUGCUGCUUCGAUAUAUCAAUCACAAAGUUAAACGGUGGAGCGGCUAUUCAACAAGGGACAUCUCAGCAAUCACAACCCUUACAGCCUCUAGCCCCACCCCCAUUUACACUUCCACCACCCACCCCUCCUGCUCCUUCCUCAAUUCAAGCCAGUCAGCCCGUAGAGGCUCCGAUACAGGAGGUAGCUCGUCAGCCAUUGCCAUACUCACCACCGCCUCCUGAAUAUCCCCUACCGCAACCGUCCUCUUACCCAUACCCAUCACCCCUCCAACCACCACCAGCCCUACCACCUCCACAAUCACCUCCGCCACCAGCAGCACCACUAGCUCCACCACCACCAUCACCACCCCCACCCCCACCCCCACCACCACCACCACCACCACCACCACCACCCCCACCCCCACCCCCACCACCACCACCACCACCACCACCACCCCCACCCCCACCACCACCACCACCACCACCACCACCACCACCACCAUUACCACCACCACCACCACCACCACCACCACCACCACUAGUGCCUUCACAGCAACCACUGCCUCCACAACUGCAAUCACCUACUGUAACACCUCUUUUUUCUCCUUUUGCUGCACCAGAACCACAGUUAUCGCCACAACUUCCGCUCACUUCUGGCUCUCUACAACAAUCUUUACCACCUCCACCUCCCCAACCGCCUCCACCGCCCUCAUCACUUCCUCCUACGCCGCCCAUUCAAUACCCACUAUCUUCUUCAAUUUCGCUACUAUCCGCCAUACAUCUUCCAGCUCCUCCUCUUCCUUCAUAUAUUGCUCCCCCGCCACCAUCCCAAGACUCCGAACCCUGCCCGCCUUCGUGCGCCCACGACUGUACAGCGGCAUGCCCCAUACGAUGCUGCACAGACCUUCUCACCAUCAGGCCGGAAGAGCUGGAAUCUGAUACAGACCCAAUCCCCUCAGUGGCUUUAACGUCCAAACCUGCAGGGACAACAAGAACAGCUCCUUGUCCAGAAAUCUGCUCUGAAAUUUGUCUUCCGAGUUGUCCUCCUGAAUGCUGUGUGACAGCCGAGGCAAAAGCGACAACUCGCCACACACUAACAUACAACACAAAUAUUCCCUGCCCUGAAGGUUGUUUGAUAAAAUGCUAUAAGACAUGCCCCCAGCAAUGCUGCAAAGGCAUCAACAGACAGUUGCCAAUCGUGAAAUUUCACACGCCGUUGACACUAGCUCAACAAUUGCGGAAGCCACAACUUCGAUUGCAGUUGUUAAGAAAAAAGCCUUUAAGGCCGUUAGCGAGGCAUGGGAUCGCAGGAAGUAAGUUGCGACAUAUGCCGAGACAAGGACCACUUUUGAAGAAGUCUGCGGCGCUACCUCUGUCUUACUGGAGCGAUCACAAUUUAAUCAGCUCGAGAUCCAAAGUGAUCUGCCCGCAGGAAUGCAAAGUGUUUUGUCACGCUGGUUGUGGUCCGGGGUGUUGCAGAACGGGACGAUCUGUACAAGGAGCUGAGUCAAAGAGCACGGAUGACGUCACAAGGGCUAAACAUUAAGCAAAGUCACAAAGUAGCCAUAAACGACGAACUAGUAAAUUGCCACCAGCUUCAAGGAGAGAACGGCACACGCACCUGCCAGCCAUACAUACAUACUGCGGAAGGUAGAAUUAGAAAGUCAAAUGUAAACAUAUCAUACCUCGUUAUGCCAGCCAUAUAUACAUACGAAAGUAGAA